AUGUCGAACCUGAGAUGGGUGCUUGACAAGGUAGCCGUGGAAAGUGAACCAGGGCUCACCAACGCUCAGAUGAUGUUGACGAACAGUGAUUUACGGCCAGGUGAGACCAUUCCCACGAAUUUCAUUCUCUCGAUAAAUUAUUCUGUUGCAAUCGUUGGUUCCAAAUUCAUCACGACUAACUUUUCCACAGUCGACCCUGAACGACGUCAAUGGAGGUGGCCCAACUAUGUUGCAUUUUGGAUUGCGGAUUCUUUGAACAUUAAUACAUGGAUGAUCUCUUCCUCAAUGAUCGUCGAUGGCCUUUCUUGGUGGCAAUCUUGGCUUUGUGUCUGGGUUGGCUAUUUUGUGGCCGCAUGUUUCGUGUGUCUGACCGGUCGAAUUGGUGCUGUCUAUCACAUUUCAUUCCCAGUAACAGCUCGAGCUUCUUUUGGAGUAUGGGGAUCUUUCUGGCCCGUUCUGAACCGGGUGGUGAUGGCUGUCAUCUGGUAUGGUGUGCAAAGCUAUAUUGGAGGCGAGUGUGUGACCCUGAUGAUUGAGGCUAUUUGGCCAAGCUACCGGAACCUCCACAAUAGCCUCUCUGCCAGCGCCGGCGUCGAUACCAAGAACUUCCUCAGCUUCUUCCUGUUUUGGCUGCUCUCCCUCCCAGCAUUGUGGUUCCCUGUGCACAAGGUGCGCCACUUGUUCACUGUCAAAGCGAUUUACUCUCCCAUCGCGGCCAUAGCCUUCUUUGGCUGGGCCAUUUCUCGCGCCAAUGGCCUCGGUCCGAUUAUUCACCAGUCCAACACCGUUCACGGCAGCGAUUUCCGAUGGGCGAUGGUGAAGGGAAUCAUGUCCUGCAUUGGAAAUUUUGCAGCACUUAUCAUGAACGAUCCCGAUUUCUCACGAUUUGCACGAACGCCCAAAGAUGCAUUGUGGUCCCAGCUAUUCACUAUUCCCGUCGGUUUCGGCGUGACUUCAUUCAUUGGAAUCAUCGUGUCCUCUUCAUCAUCAGUGAUCUUCAAUGAUGGCUACACCUGGAACCCACUUGACCUUCUCGGCAAAUUCCUGGACGGAGCGAGUUCUGGACAGCGCUUCGGUAUCUUUAUUAUUGCCACUGGAUUCGCUCUCGCCCAACUAGGAACCAACAUCUCUGCCAAUUCAGUCUCAGCAGGAACUGAUCUGACUGCCCUUAUGCCCCGAUACUUGAACAUUCGGCGCGGUAGCUACAUCUGCGCUAUUGUUGGUCUAGCUAUGUGUCCGUGGAACCUCGUCUCUACCUCGAACAACUUCACAACCUACCUCUCUGCCUACUCCCUCUUCCUAUCAGCAAUUGCCGGUGUCAUGAUUUGCGACUACUACAUCGUUCGCAAGGGCUACCUCGACAUCAAAUCCCUCUACAGCGCCCGCAACACCGACCCCUACUACUAUACCUUCGGAUUCUCCUGGCGUGCAUAUACGGCCUACUUCUGUGGAAUCAUGAUUAACAUUGUCGGUUUCGCGGGUGCAGUUGGGCGCAAGGUUCCAAUUGGCGCGGAGUACAUUUAUAACGUGAACUAUUUCUCCGGCGUGAUUGUUUCGGGAACCGUGUACUUCAUCUUGACGCGGAUUUUCCCCGUCCCUGAGACAAGUGCUACUUGGAAUGAGGUCGAUAUUGAUACUCUGGAUCUUGACAUCGCGUAUGGGCAGGACCCUAGUGAUUUGGAGGCUCAUGGCGGCCGGAAGUCAUUUGAUGAUAUCUCUGUGGAUCAGAAGGGUCUUAGUUCCUCAGCUAAGAAGAUCUGA